AAGUUCGGGAGAGCGAAACUUAUCCGCAAUAUGAACAAAACAUCAGCAACACCUUCGCCCUUAAACCUUUUCACAAAACUAUUUCAGUAUAUCAGACUAGCGUACAGACAUAAAGGUAAAUUAUGUAGUGCUCAAGCACAAGCCUACAUCAACGAGGAGGAUGACAUUGAUGCUCUGUCAGAUACAAGAUCGAUGGACAUUCUAGCAAAUUCUUCUGCCGUCUGGCUCCAAACAAUCCGAAGACGUCGCAGUGCAAAAAUCACUCCAGAUGGUGUAGCCGGAAUGGUACGGAGUCAUCAUGGACCUCAGAGGUUAGAAGACGCAAUUGAAUGGAAAGCCGUGGUGAAACGGUACUACAAAAUGCAAGGUGUUGACGAAUCAUCAGAUGAUGAUGACGAGAAAAAUGGGAUUCUAAAUCAUUCAAAUAAUAACCAUAUAGAUGCUCUUAAUGAUAUGCAGGGUUAAGUUUUUAAUUCAUAGGAUAAAUAUGGGAAUUAAACAAAUUAUAUUAUGAAAAUGAUAAUUAUAACAUACACAUAUCAAUACAUGAAGGUAACGAGUGCUUAUUUGACAAAAUAUAUUGAAUUAAGUAAACGCAAUGACAUAUUCAACAGUUAAUAUGUGUUAAAUAACACCAUAGAAAAACUAGAAUACUUGCAUUAAAGGUUAUAAAACCGUUACAGCACUGGAUAUUUCAAAUUAACAUGCUUGACUAAACCAUUUAACAUUUUAGGCAGAAUUUCAGAAUAGCGAACAGUGACACAGAUGAACUGAUCUUGGUCUGCAGUGAUCGCAUUGGUUAACCAGGCUAAGGAUUAAUGAUCAUUUUUACCUAAUCAUGGCAUUUUAAUUUGUUAGUGUGUUUCUAUGUACACCUCAUUUCCCCAUAAUGCACAAUCAUAAUUCUUCUUUAUAUAUUUAAGUGAGUGUAUAGGUGUAAAUUAAACUAUAAUGUUAUGUAUAAUGACAUUGAUAACAUACAUGAACGUGUUGAUAAAAAAAGUAAAAUCU